AUGGCAUCCUAUUUGAUACCGUCUUUCUUGACCGGCUGGGAUCUCUCCUCCGUAUCUGCCUUCUCCCUCUCAGCCAACUUGCAAAAGAGGAUCCUCUCCUACCUCUUGAAGAGGACGCUCGGCCACCUCGUCGACGGCGGACAGCUAGACCUUGCCCAAAUCGACGCUGGAAUUGGAAGUGGACGUAUCGAAGUGCGCAAUGUCCAGCUGGACGCCCAAGCCAUCAAUCGUCGCCUCCCCUCGCUUCCAAUCACUUUCGUUGCCGGCAAAGUCGGCAGCAUCCUCAUCCAGCUUCCCGUGCCCAACUUCUGGAGCGGAGACCUGUCUGUCACCAUAUCUGAUCUGGUCAUCUGCAUCGCUCCAAGCUCAAGAUACUCUGCCCACGACUCCAAUCCCGUCGAAGAUCUUUCGGCGUCUUUCGCUAGCGCAGCCAGUCAGCUUUUUGUCGACGACGAGGAGGCCAGAGAUAUUGAGCAAUCCAUUCACGAGUCUCUCGAUUCGGAGGCCCUCAAAAACGAACAGCAGCCUUCACAAGACGAUAAAGGCUCGCUCAUUGCGACAUACGUGGAGGCCCUCCUGACUCGUCUGAAGGUCGUCGUGGAGAAUGUUCACAUACAUCUUCAGUCGGAUGCGCUAGAUCUCACGCUCAAGCUCGAUCGCGCCAACGUUCGAAGUUCGAACACGCGCACAGAGCAGCAAGAGCAGUAUCCUCAAUCACGCAACACGCAAAACGACACCUCCGACACUCUGCCUUCGCCGCAACGGCGCUUUUACAGCAAGACCGAAAGAACGCUUGACCUCCACGGCUUCGAGAUCUGGUUGCAAGACAAAACACAGACUCAACAGGAGCAUGAUCCCGACUCGUCUUCCUCAUCUGACGAUUCUUUCGAAGAUGACGUCUCCCAUCUGCGACAAUCAGAACGUGAUUUGGCUCGAUCGGUCGUCUCCCUGCAAGAGUCAAACGCAAGCCUGUACGAGAGUGCGAUCGGCGAAUUCGCACUCGAAGAAGCUUCUGGGCAAGCAGGGCCCACCCCAUCUCGAAAAGCUGAAUCACGCUCCACACCAGAGAUCCCUGCCGGCAAAAGACAACGAUUGUUCAGCCUGGGUCAAGAACCUGUCGUGGUCACCUUCAAGACCAUCAAGGAGCGUCAUGAGACAUACUCAUCUGGCGCACCAUCGCGUCGUCAGAUCCAGCGACUCGUGAGCGUCGUCACCGACGUGGACGUGCAGAUUGGGAACAUGGUCGGCGUCAUCUUUAUCGAUCAUGUCAAUCUUCUCCUGUCGCUGACGCGCUCUUUUGACCUCACUUCUGCACGACCCUCGACGUCGUCGGUGCAGCGCGAGUCGAGAGCGCAUUCAAGGACUGCCGGCCCUCGAGCUCCAAUACAAAGAGAUCUGACAUUUAGCUGCCAAGCUGCUAGCUUCAAUCUCAUCGUUGGCUAUGACGAGCCUUCCGAGCCGCAGCAAGACCAGUCCUUCCUCGAAGCCUUCUGGGCUCGCCCAGCUCGUAUCCAUCCUGACUUUGGGCACCUCCGCUUGCGAUGCGACAAGCUCUCGGCGCGCUUCACCGGCGCGGUUGCUAGUGGUGACCGAAGCAAUACGAGGGCCAACGUCCAAUUCGCCGUUGAGGACCUCGGCGUGUUCGAGCACCUGUCGGGAAGUUUGUACGAGCAGUGCCCACCUGAAUCGUUGCGCAUUCUGCCUGUCUUGAUCCUGGAUCCCGCCUUAGCCCAUCUCGGCACGGCUGCCCCCGCCGCAAGCAAACAACCUCAACAUGACUAUGCCAGAAGCACCGUCGAUGUCUUUGAUUGGCGCUAUAAUGCUUUCCAAACAUCCAUAGCACUUCAUCCACCUGCCGUCGGCAACACGCAGAACCCAGCGAAAGCCGCUCGCUUCACCGCGACUGAUGCGCGACCAAAUUCUUCCUCAUCCGUGCACAGUCCGUACGUUCGCACUGCAUACGGAGAUCGUGCAUGGAAGCUCAAAGCCACCGCAAAAUCUUCCCCGCACUCAAAGAUACCGGACGUACAUGCACCCCUUAUCGAUGUAUCGAUCUUUCUGCCACAGGAUUCAGAGGGUCAGGGUCGAGUCAAUGUGACUGUAGCGCCAGUACACUUCUUCGUCGACGUGUCCCUGGUGACAAGGGUCAUGCCAGCUCUGCGAAGAUUUGCUGCCACGCAGAUCGCCGCGCUCCGACCCACAGCCAAGGCCGACCAUGACCUGAACGACUCUGUGGCGACGCUCGCAUCCAGUGCCGCCACCAUUCAGGCCUCCACCGACAGUCUGCUGGACGGGCUCGACACAGACGUUGCCGCUGUCAGACGAAGCCCGUACAGACUCGAUCUGGACAUCGGCUUUGUUCGCAUCGACGUGAGGACACCAAAGGUGUCUUAUGAUACGAUCGCGCUUGCUGGUCGUUCCCUCAGCUCGACGAGACUGCACGGGCUUGACCGAAGGUCCGGCAUCUUGGUCAUUCAGAUACAGCACCUCCAGGUGCUAUCAGGGCUCGCCGAGACGCACAAGCCUGCCGGGGCUGUGCGAUUUGCUGCUUCCCUUCCUCAGUCGGCUGGCCAGAUGCGACCUAGCAAAGCGGUCGUCACGGGACGGGUCAACGCCGAAAAGGUCUCAGCUUAUUUGGCCUUGCCUUUGCAGUCACGCGCGCUGAUCCUAGCCUUGAUGGAGGCCGUUGACGACAGCAAGGGGACAAAUGGACCAUUCGCGAGCUCACAUGAGGUGCCGCUUCCGCGACUACAUUUCUCUCGAAUGUCUGAGCCAGCCCAAAGUCGGGGCAACGUGACAAACGAGAAGGAGCGGGUCACGGACCAGUGCAGCAUUUUGGUCCCGUCCAUCAAGGUGGAGCUCAGAAAGGCCCAACUCGAUUCACUGCAGUACGUGGCUGAUGAUCUGACUCAAUCGGUCAAUCUGUGGACCUCUGACGACCUGGGCGACUCCGAUCCGCUCGAUUCUGAAGGGCUCAAAAUACUUGGCAGCAGAUUCUUUGGUAGCCGCGCCGGCCUGUCGGUCAUGUCGUCGAGUACCGACUCGACUGCUACUGCCCGGGGCAGCAGCAACGACUCCUCGCUGCACUUGACCAUCGUCGAAUCAUCCAUCCGACUCUGGCUGCCGAGCUUAUCGCCAAGUCCAGGGUCUUCCGGCGAUGAGCGGACGGACUCUGCGAAGAGUCUAUUGCUUACCAUGUCCGGUUCCGAACUCCUCUUUGAUAGCGACAAGACUCGAAACACCAAUCGCAUCGAGAUCCGUAUUCCCGAGGCGCAGCUCAGUGUCGAAGCAGGUGACUUUUCGGAAGAAACAUCGAGUUCGCUUCUUGCAUACCGAACCAUGGGAAGUGCGCUCGAUGACCGUCGUAGCGCUAUCAUGCUGCUGCUGGUUUUUGAAGCCUACGCCGAGCCUGGCACCAGCUAUCGGGAACAGAAUGUGGAUAUCAAUCUGUCUUCAAUGACGCUGGCUCCCCCCUUUGACGAGGAGUUGCUACCACGCAUCAAACGACUCCUGAAAUCACCCGCCGGCGUCUUUGAGAACGUUGAGCCGAACGAAGUGACGCGCAUCAGCUUCAAGGCAAGGGAUUGUUCGGUCUUCAUCGCACCUCCCGAUACUCAGCAUCGCGCGGCUGUAGCUAUCGGAGAGGCCUCAGUCAAGACCAAGCUGACGUCGCACGCCCCGAAAACUUCCAUCAAGCUCGCCAUCGCCUCUUUGGGUCUUUUUGCGGCCGAGGCUGACCCUUCACUGGCGUCAUCGCGUCCUCACUUUGCCGAUCGAUCGGCUCCUGAUCGUUGGACGAGGCGCGGAUAUGCACGCGUGCUGCACGUUCCCGAGAGCAAGGCCAGCGUCCAUCUGACCACUCUGACGAGACCCGAAAUCGAUGUGAAAGUCACCAAGCUUCGUGUCAAGAUUCAGGCUACGGCUGAUACGCUCAGCGUCGUCAGUGAUCUCAUCAGCGCCGCUUCAAGCAAGAAAGCGCAAGAAGCAUCCAGGUCGCCUUCGCAGGUGAAGGAACCUGCGCUUUCGACUAAGCCCGAGCAAUACAGACGGGAAGAUCUUUCGGAGGACUUGGCUACUGCUGCAUCGACCUCGGACAACAGUGGCCAUUUCGACAGGAUGGUGGAGCUCAUGUCGGACAUAGAAGACAACGCUUACCGCCUUGAAGCACCUUUACCCGUGGCUGCUGAUCUGGUCGACGAUGAUGUGCCCUCGGAUGCGGCAUUCCUCGGCACAAAGGAACGGUAUCACCCCGAAAUUGUCGAGACGACGCUGGACUCGGAUGAGUUCUUUGGUGGCGAGUCUGUCGCCUCCAUCUCGCUCCUGGAACCGCGCGCAGACACGGUCAUCUUCGCCGAUGAAGAUGUCACGGUGCGGCUGCUGGACCCCAAAGGCAUCUGUCCGGUCCAGGACUACUUUACAGACCCCGAUCUGCGACCCCACCUCGAUUCUGCACUGGGAACAACGGCCAGCUCAGCGCGGGUGCGAGUGAGCAAUUUCGACCUCUCGAUGCGUCUUCAUUCAGGCUACGACUGGCCCUCGACACGAAAGGCGAUACAGCAAGAAGCCAAGCUUGUCCGCAGGCGAUUGCAAAAGAUCAAGCAGCUGUUGGCCGAGGGCCAGGUGCCAGAUGACAGUGUCGAAGCUGCCACGAGCAAUCUGCUUGACUCGAUUCACAUCAGCUUGCCAAACGUCGCUGCCGAAAUGGAUGCGGACGAGAUGAUGCGUGCCGUGGAGGAGGAGCUGGGCGACGGCUCGGAUGCGGUGUCAGCCGCUGACAGCGAUGCAACCGCAUCCUGGCAGGCGCUGCCGAACGUAAAGCGCGACGGACGAGCAUUCGCUCAUGGUAGACAGGAUCCUGCUGCGGAUGCCUCGCAUGACAAGCUGCAGCGUUCCGUCCGCUCGUCGAUCGACUUCAACUUUCGAGGCCUCGAAGUCGAGUUCGACAAAGCUGACGCCUCACAGCCAGGUCAUGUCGUCUCGAGAAUCGCGGUCAAUGCGCGGAGGUUUGAAAUCAUCGACAACAUCAAGACAUCCACAUGGCGUACGUUUCUCACCGAGAUGCAAGAUCGAAACGCUGCGCUCCGUCACGAUGCCGAGAGCAAGAUGGUCAAAGUCGAAAUCCUGCACGUGCGUCCACAAGGCGACGUGCGCGAAGGCACGCCUCAAAGAGAAGAGACGCCCGAGGUGCGAAUGCGAGCCAAGCUGGCGCCUUUGCGGCUACACGUCGAUCAGGAUGCCCUCGACUUUUUGAAGAAGUUCUUCACCUUCCAAACCCCCGGGCGGAAAGAAUCCGAAAUACCACCGACGCCAGCGGGAGCUGCACCACUGCCGUUCGUCCAAUUCGCGGAGGUGCUGCCGAUCAAGAUCAAGCUCGAUUACAAGCCCAAACGCGUCGACUACAACCUCUUGCGUCAGGGCAAGACGAUCGAGCUGAUGAAUUUUUUCCAUUUCGAAGGCUCCGAGAUGGUUCUCCGUCAUGUCACGCUGCGCGGAAUCAAUGGCUGGGCUCGUCUGUUUGACACGCUCAACGAUAUCUGGACCCCGGACGUCAAGGCGAACCAGCUAGCCGACUUCCUGUCUGGAUUAGGUCCCAUUCGUAGUCUGGUCAACGUGGGCGCUGGGCUGGCCGAUCUAGUGCUCCUACCGAUCGAGCAGUAUCAUAAGGAUGGUCGAGUAUUGAGGGGCGUCCAGAGAGGCGCGACGAGCUUCGCCAAGAGUACCGCUCUGGAAGCGGCGAAGCUGGGAGCAAGGCUGGCGACGGGCACACAGGUGAUUCUGGAGCAGGCCGAGCACAUCUUGGGCGGGGAGAGGAUGGACUCCAGUGUGACGGCGAGGGCUGUUGGGCCGGAGAGUGGAGAGAGUUAUGAGAGUCUGAGCGAGAGCGUCUUGGUUGAAUCGACCACGUUGGCUCCGGAUCGCGACAGUCUGGUUAGUAGGUACGCGUCCAAGCCGGAAGAUAUGACGCAAGCGCUGUCGCAGGCGUAUUCGGGCUUGACGGAGGGGUUGACUUCGGCUGCUCAGACGAUCCUCGCCAUCCCGAUGGAGGUGUACGAUCCGUCUGAUGCGAGAGGAGCGAGUGGGGGUGGAGGAGCGGCGAGAGGUGCAGGUAGCGGAAGGGGCCCCGUGGUGAAAGCUGUUCCGAUCGCCAUUCUGAAAGGUGCCCAAGGAGCGACUCAGGCGAUCGCAAAGACGAUGCAAGGCGUUCAGGUGACCUUGGGCGAUCUGGAGAAUGUCAAGGAGGGAAAGUAUAAGUUGCCUCCGUCGACGUCAGGCGCCGGUCGUAGGGGAAGGUGA